AUGAACUCAAAUAAUAACAUGCUAAACAAUAACUCAGAUAAUACACACACAGGAUCCAUAAACAAUGGUGUUCCUGAAAGAGACCAAGAAUGGGUCGACUCACCAGAAACAAGAAACAUGCUAAAUUCGUCUGUUCAUAAAACUUUCAUAAACAUCCCUUAUGAUAAUUAUUAUUUAGGAUUAAAUGAAUUGUACACAAUUGAUAAAGAUGUAUUUGACAAAUGUCUAUGUGAAUUACCAAAAAUCGAUAAUUUAUGUACAAUGUUUGGAAAAAAAGACAAUACUGCACAAAAUGUACACAAAGGUAAUAAUAACAAGGUAAAUUUUCAUGAAAAUAGGAGUUUCAAUGUGCAGGAAAAUGAUAGAUUUACAAACAAUAACACAAAGGAUGUUAAUUUAAGAUAUCCUACACAUAACUUCGAAUAUCUAAAUAGCACGUCUUCUUUUGGAACUCAAUUCCAUAAUAAGGGUAAGUGCAAACCUUGUAAAUAUGAAUGGACACGUGGAUGUCACAUGGGUUUGUUUUGCAGAUUUUGCCAUGAUCGAUCUCAUGUACCUGCAGGAACUAAACGAGUUAUUCCCAGCCCUCAAGACUUAGCUAUUAGCAGAGUGAAACCCCAGAAUAUUUUUAUCUCAAAAAACAAAAUAGAUGAUAAGAAAGAAGAAGAAAAAAUGGGUAAUCAGACAAAGGAAGAUAAAACAAAUAACCAAACAAAGGAAGAUAAAACAAAUAACCAAACAAAGGAAGAUAAAACAAAUAACCAAACAAAGGAAGAUAAAACAAAUAACCAAACAAAGGAAGAUAAAACAAAUAACCAGACAAAGGAAGAUAAAACAAAUAACUAUUCAAGAGGAAAUAAAAUAAACCAUCAAAAGAAUAAAAAAUCCAAAAAAAUGAAUGACAAUGAAAAUAAAAGGAACCCUCAAAAUAUAGGAAUUUUUCAAAGAGGUAGAAAUCAAAGAAGAAAAAGAAAUUAUAAUGGUUACUCAAAAUUAAAUGCUUGGAAUUACGAGUAUAAUUAUCUUCCUUAUAAAGAUUAUUUCUUUAAUUAUUAUUAUAAUACAAUCAUAUCAAAUGAAUUUGAGGACUAAGAAAAAAACGAGUUAUACAAAAUUUUUUGUACAAUAGUUAAAAGAGUUAAUAAUUCUGAAGAAUAUGAACUGUUGAAUAAUUUUGACUCUGAUUUAUUUGUUAAUCCUAUGAAUAUACAUCAACUCAACAUGAAGCCCAUGUAG